UUCAGCCCCGCCCCCGCUUCCCCCUCGCUGUCUCCCUCGGCCUGCGCCGCCGCCGCCGCCGCCACUGCUCGUGGGCCCGGCUUCGCUCUGUCCGCUUCGCCCCUUUCCUAGCUCAGCGCUGCCCGGCCAGUCACCAUGGCGAACGUGGCCGACACGAAGCUGUACGACAUCCUGGGCGUCCCGCCGGGCGCCAGCGAGAAUGAGCUGAAGAAGGCAUACAGAAAAUUAGCCAAGGAAUACCAUCCUGAUAAGAAUCCAAAUGCUGGAGACAAAUUCAAAGAAAUAAGCUUUGCAUAUGAAGUUCUAUCAAAUCCCGAGAAGCGUGAAUUAUAUGACAGAUAUGGAGAACAAGGGCUUCGGGAAGGUAGUGGCGGCGGUGGUGGCAUGGAUGACAUUUUCUCUCACAUUUUUGGUGGGGGAUUGUUCGGCUUUAUGGGCAAUCAGAGUAGAAGUCGAAACGGCAGAAGAAGAGGAGAGGACAUGAUGCAUCCACUCAAAGUAUCUUUAGAAGAUCUGUAUAAUGGCAAGACAACCAAACUACAACUUAGCAAGAAUGUACUCUGCAGUGCGUGCAGCGGCCAAGGUGGGAAGUCUGGAGCAGUUCAGAAGUGCAGUGCUUGUCGAGGUCGAGGUGUACGCAUCAUGAUCAGACAGCUGGCUCCAGGGAUGGUACAGCAGAUGCAGUCUGUGUGCUCUGAUUGCAAUGGAGAAGGAGAAGUAAUUAAUGAAAAGGACCGCUGUAAAAAAUGCGAAGGGAAGAAAGUGAUUAAAGAAGUCAAAAUUCUUGAAGUCCAUGUAGACAAAGGCAUGAAACACGGACAGAGAAUUACAUUCACUGGGGAAGCAGACCAGGCUCCUGGGGUGGAACCAGGGGACAUUGUUCUUUUGCUGCAGGAAAAAGAACAUGAGGUGUUCCAGAGAGAUGGAAAUGAUUUACAUAUGACAUAUAAGAUAGGACUUGUUGAAGCCCUGUGUGGAUUUCAGUUCACAUUUAAGCACCUUGAUGCCCGUCAGAUUGUGGUGAAAUACCCCCCUGGCAAAGUAAUUGAACCAGGAUGUGUUCGUGUGGUUCGAGGUGAAGGAAUGCCACAGUAUCGUAAUCCCUUUGAAAAGGGGGAUCUUUACAUAAAGUUUGAUGUGCAGUUUCCUGAAAACAACUGGAUCAACCCAGACAAGCUUUCUGAACUAGAAGAUCUUCUGCCAUCUAGACCAGAAGUUCCUAACAUAAUUGGAGAAACGGAGGAGGUAGAGCUUCAGGAAUUUGAUAGCACACGAGGCUCAGGAGGUGGUCAGAGGCGCGAGGCCUACAAUGAUAGCUCUGAUGAGGAAAGCAGCAGCCAUCAUGGACCUGGAGUGCAGUGUGCCCAUCAGUAAACUCAGCGAACAGAAUGCGCAGGUGGAUUCUCUUUCCACGUGUGCCUGAUUUGUUCUCAGCGAUCCAGCUGGAGUGUCGGAUCAAUCCAGAUGAACUGAUGGACAUCUGUUGGUCUAUGUGUAACUUUUAAAAUUGGUAUAGUAUCUACAGAGUGUAUAAUUUAAACUAACACAAAGCUUUACAUCUUCAUUUCGACUGUUCUGUAGCAGAAUAAAGCACUUGAAAGGAAACAAGACUCCCUUUCACACAUGGGUUAUAAGUUUCAGUCCUGGUAUCUGUGCUUGAUUUUUAUCAGUUUUGUGUAGAUUUUAUGUUUCAUAUUUUAAAUUCAAAUCCCACAUUGUAAAGUUGUACAAUUUGUCCUGAAGCUUUGUGUUUGGCUGCACCUGCAUAAGCUGCUACAAAUAGAAUAAAGAAUUUCAUAGCCUGUAUCUAUCAUUAGAUGCAUGGAAAAUGGGCUUUGCACACAAUGGGUUUGGAGCUGACUGGGAACAAUGGAAAAAUUAAAUUAGCUGUGGUUGUAAAAUUUUGUUUUGUUUUUUCUUUUUUCUUUUUUUUUUUUUUUACCAUCUUGUGAAAGGUUUCUGAAACUUGAUAAUAAAAAGCAGUUGGUGUAAAUUAUUCUUUGUGUCACAUUUUUAGAAGGAAGAACAUGUUAAACUGUAAAGUGUAUCCUUAAACUGGAGAAUGUAUCCUUAGUUCUGGUUCUUAUACAGCCCUUAACCCAUUGGCCUGAGGCUUAUACUUCAGGCACCUGCCCAUUUUUUAGUUUUAAAGACAAAGUUGGUAGAAACAGGCUUUAUUGGCUUUAAUUGAUGCUCGUAGAGUCCAGGACAUCUAAGUUAAUGUAACUCCUAAGUUAAUGAUCCUGAAUAUUGGGGCUCGCCCAGGCCUCUGUAUCUCCCUCGUACUCCCAUUUUUAAAAAUAAGGUAACAGCAAAUCAUUAGUAGAACCAUGUCUGCAUACAACCUGUUAAAAUGCUCUGUUUUCAUUAAAUGUUAAGUUAAAAGUUGCUCUGUCUCCAUUAACUUGAAUAUUUGAAAUUGGGGGAAAGCACUGAUUAUUAGUUUGAUCUUCUGUUUAAUUUUUUAUAGAAAAGUAAGACUGAGGUUGUAAUGAAAAAAAUCAGGUGAAAGUUUGAAAAGGAUGUUGUGUUCCUCUUUCCAUCUGAUUAUUACCUUCUCACUCCCAGGGCAAAGAUUUUUAGAACACAUUUAUUUGAGGAAGAGGAGACAUCCAGGUGCACAUUUUACAUUCGUAAAGGAACAAAUGGGGGAAAACCGAAAAUUAAAAUUUUUAAUAUGUGUUAAUGCCAUCCCUGAGCCUAAAUACGGUAUGUAGUUUAAUCCUAGGUCUGUUAGAACCUGAAUGAAAAAAGGUGUCCUGCCACUAAUCAAGACAUGUGAGGUUUAAAUUACUGCCCAAUCCACUCUACCUCCAUUGUACAAAAAAUAUUUUACAACAAGCCUGGGCAAGAUACAACAGCAGAGUAGUUUUGUAUUCAAGGUUCCUUCCCCACAGCCACUUUAAGCUUAAGAAAUGCAGUUGCAAUAUGAAGUUUGUAGCCUUUCCAAUAAAGGUUUAUAAAACUGUUCA